UCUUACAGAUAUGAUAAGCCGUGAAUCAGAUGAUAGGUACAAAUAAAUGAUUAACACCUUUCGUGUCCAGUGAGUUUUCAAUCACUUGUGACAAACAGUUCUGUGUCUUGUUUAUUAAUUUAAUAAUUAAAACCAUGUCCCACCACCACCAUCCACACGGCCGCCCACCCCAUGGUGGACCACCUCCUCCUCCUGGGGGUUUCACUUACGUCCCAGCUCCGGUAAUGAUGCCGGUGUACCAACCACCUCCACCCCCACCCCCACCAGAACCAGUCCCCCCACCCACCAUUGUCACUAACUACAUCUACCAGCAGCCGCCACCCCCACCACCACAACCUACUCCAGUCACCAUCGUUGAAGAAAUCAGAAUUCAGCCACAACCAAGUAAUCCAUGGGCUAAUUUACUGUCAACUGCUGAGGUGGGAUUAUCGGCAGUUGAAAAAGGCUUGACCCUACUUGAAACUAGGAAACAGGAAAGAAUUACGAAAAUUACUAAUACAAUUGAAUGGGUACCCAGUUCAGGUCCUGAAGUGGGUAUGCUAAGGCAUAGAGCUUUCGUAGCAGGCAGAGAAGGUUGGGAUGGCAGCCCUCUUUGUGUGAUUAGGGCAUUCCACAACGGAGAGUUCGUCCCAGGCAAGCUGGCCAUCCAACAUCAGGCAGCCUACAUCCCACAUGCAGGUCGAGAGGUCCCUGUACACAACUUUGAAGUGCUGUGUGCCUCAUCACACGCUGUGCGCUGGUUGCCAGGCAGCAACGGCCAGGUCCCAGUAGGAGCCAUCCCCGCUGGCAACACCCACAACGGCGAACCACUUUACAUUGGACGUGUUACACACAUGAAUUCUGUCACACCCGGCAAAGUGCACCCUAGUCACGGAUGCUGCUACAUUUCGUUCAACGGAGGUGAAGUGGCGCACAAAUCCUACGAUGUACUCUGCAGAAUUGUCGGUUGAAAUGCCAAGCCAAACCAAAGAAAAAACAUAAAUAACUGUUACAUUUUUAAUACUUGCGUAUCAUUCAAAAAUGUAAAGACAAGACAAUCUCGAUUAUAUUUCCAGCACUAAUUUUAUUAUGGCCUGUGAAGAUUUUUUAGAGUAUUAUUUAAUUGAUUAAUGAAAUUCGAUUUUUUAUUUGGUGAAUUAAAUAUAAAAUGCACCU